CAAAUCUAUUUGGCGUUCGGGUUUUUAUGAAAUUUUACAGUAGCUGGGUUGCGUUUUCAGUCCGUGGCUUAUCUGACCAAACAAUGCAAAGCAUUUUUGGACGCAUAGCAUUGCUAGGUUUCAUGACUUGGAACAAGCUAGCUAGCUAGCUUGGAACAUGUUAUUGCUUUACCUAUAGCUAGCUUCAAUAUCAGUUGCACCCAUAUGAAAAAGAGAUCAGUUGAACACUGUUCAGUCUUGUGUUGUACAGUCUGCUGUUCAUAUUUGUCCUUUGAAUUUUUGGCGUAGCUGUGGUUGUAUAUUCCAUAUAGCUACUCUCUUAGCUGUUUUGCUAAGUAGGUAACCUGUGAACUAGACGACCUUCACUGUUUUUGUACUGUAGCUGGCUGCGAGUGCGUAUCAAAGAUUUAUGUGCUUUCGCGAAUAAAGCGCCCUUUACAUGUGUCCCUAGCCAUGCUGCGGGUGUUAACACCCUCCCUGUCCGCCUGCUUUCGAGGGGUCUGGGCUGGUUCUCUGUCCAGCGCCAGGCCCUGCUCCACACUGCCCCCUGGCGGCGCGGAGAACCAGCUGACGGUGGACUCCCUCUACGACCUGUCCGUGGACAUCCGCAAGGUGCGCAAGCUGAAGGGCUGGGUCCUGCUCCAGCGCACCGCGUACGUGCGCGAAACCGCCGGUCUGCUUCGCGACCUGGGCGCCGACGGGCCUGCGAUCGCCCGCGUCCUGGAACAGCACCCGGAGGCCGUCCUCUGUCACCCCGAGGAGGUGCGCGCCCAACGGGAGCUGUGGGCCUCAGUCUGCCCCAAUAACAGAGACCUGGUGGGCAUCAUCGAGAAGUUCCCGGCCUCCUUCUUCACGGUCACACACCAGGCCAGCCAGAAGGCCAACAUCGAGUACUUCCAAAGCCUGAAGCUCAACAAGCGCAUCGUCAGCAAGCUCCUCGCCAGCGCCCCCCAGAGCUUCUGCCGCCCCGUGGAGGAGAACCAGGAGGCGGUGCGCGCCCUGACGGAGGCCUACCUGAGCCUGGGGGGCGAGGAGGGCAACCUGAGGAUUUGGCUGCAGAAGCUGCUGAGCCAGAACCCCUUCGCCCUCCUGAAGCCCCCCGGCUCGAUCCGGGACAACCUGGCCUUCCUCCGGGCCCGGGGCUUCAGCCCCGCCGAGCUGCUCCAGCUCGUCUCCAAGCUCAAGGGCUUCUUUUCGGAGCUCAGCCCGGCCGGCAUGGGGGACGCCCUGGCCUACGCGCAGGGCGCGCUGGGGUGUUCGGACGGAGAGCUGAGGGCCAUGGCGCUCCAGAGCCCCGCCCUGCUGUACCACCCCGCGCCCGUUCUGGAGGACCGCCUCCGCGUGCUGCUGGCCGCCGGCGUGAGCGUGCGGCAGAUCGCGGAGACGCCGAGCGUGCUGGAGCUCGACACUCACAUCGUGCUCCACCGCGUGCAGAGGCUGCGUUCCUACGGUUACGACGUCGGAACGGGCGGCCUGGAGGCUUUAACCGGCACGAAAAAGGACUUCGAGGAGAGCGCCGGCAGGCUGCACCUCCGCCGGGCGCGGCCCCUCUUUAACCCCGUCGCGCCCUUGAAAGCCCCGGAGGAGUGACCGCGUAGCU